CCCUCCUGUUGGCGUUUUGGUGUGCGGCCUGGCUUGCCACCAAUUACAUCAUGACGGUCGUCCUGUCGUCCUCGGCCAUGCCACCUUGCCACUGUGACGUGGGAAAUUUCUUUCACAAAAGCAUAUUAUUCAGAAUUGGAUUCAUAGCGACGUCCAUUGGCACUUUGGUACUAACCUUUCUUAUUUAUAAGUAUAUGGUUAUGCAUACUGAAGAGUUCAGGGGUCAUCAGGUCCUGAUCCAGAGGAUCCUGCUGGCCAUUGUGUGGGCCUCCUGUUUUGCAACAGCUUUCAUGCAUGUAUUUUCCCCCAAAGAAUAUCCCAGGAUACACUUUGUCAGCACGAUAAUUUCAAUUACAUGUGAAGCCUUAUACUACCUUGGGCAGUCCAUCCAGAUGUAUAAAUUACCAGGAGCAAAAAAAGUCAUCCACCAUUGUAGAUGCACCUGCUGUGGCCUGACUUUUGUCUGUGUAAUUUUCUAUUUUGGAUAUGAAACAUUAAAGGAUUUAUUCUAUAAUGAUGAAGACUGGGACGAGAUCCGUGAAAUCCCCAUCAUAAUCAUCGAGUGGGUGAUGCUUCUACUGAUCCUGAUAAACAUCGUGACCUAUUAUUCCACCAUGCAGAGGUUAUUGUUGACUGUCUCCAGAAACAGCUGCACACUCUCUCUUAGAGUAAAAAUUGAUGACUUCGGGGUGUAGACCACCACGGGGGCCAUCAAGUGGACUUCUGGGAGAGAUACUGCACAGGAUACGGAAAAACAUCUAAAGAAGAAUAACUGAGGGACUAUAUAUGGUGCCAGUAAUCAUGACACAAUAAUAUGAGCUGGUGAUAUUACCUAUAAAAAAAAAUUAAAAUUAAAAAAAAAUAUUGGUGUGUGAAGUGUAAUACCUAGUUAGAAAAACAGAAUCAAAUUCAUAAUUAUAACUACCCUCUGCAUUACCCUGUUUAUUAUUUUUCAAGCAAGCACUUUGUUCUAAUUCGUCCACUCUCUGGCGUGCUCCUUGUAUAAGGGGUUUGGG